GGGACGGAGGUGAUGGUGGGCUGCAGUGUGUGUGUGUGUCAGGCUGGUGAACUCAACUGUCUACCUCGACUCUCCUGUCCGCAACACCUGCUGCAACCUCUCCCUCACAACACAGGUCUGGGCGCGGGCGUGGUGUCCGGGUCACUACAGGUGGGCGUGGUGGGUCACCUGCCAUGUGGGUGCCACGACCACUGGGUGCCAGUGUGUGCUAACAAUGGUCGCACCUUCCCCUCGGAGUGCCUUGCUAGGUGUGCAGGUGUGGGUGAAGGUGUGUGGCGCGCGGGUGAGUGUGGUGAUGAGUGUGUGGGCGUGAGGUGUGGGCGUGGGCAUGUGUGUAUGGCCGCCCCUGUCACCUGUCUCACCCUACCCUCCACCGCCUGUCCACAACACAUCUGUGUGCCGCUAGAGGGAGAAUGCCCAGACGAGGCGUCAGGGCCUGCAUGUGACUCCAGGGGGCGCCAGUUCAGCACCUUGUGUAGGCUGGCACGAGACGGUGCCUCUCUUGCCUACCUUGGCACCUGUAAGAGGAGAUGCUCGUCCGUGGGCGUGGUGUGUGGGCGUGAUGGGCGGACGUGGACGUCAGAGUGCCACGCCCAUGCCCACUACGUAUCACUAGACUACAGAGGUCCGUGUAGGGCCGUGGGCGUGCCAGGCACUCAGUGCCCUGGUGUGGUCUGUCCUCCUGCUCCUCAUCCAAGUUGUGUGGGCGUGGAGUGGAGUGGGUGGUGUUGUGGGCGUGUGUGUGGGGGAGGGGUGGUGGUCAGCUGGUCCACGCGGGCGGUGGAGGUGGCGGCUGUGGUCCUGCCCACCCACCGCCCACUCACCCUCACCGCCCUCCUCGCCGCCCUCGCCGCCCAUGUGAGCGUCUCGGAGUGCCAGGUACUGGGCCAGAUCACGUUGGAGGGCAACCUGCUGGUGCUCCUCACGCCCACGGCCGCCCACACGCCCACCCCCCCGCCCCUGGUGGCGGGGGCGUGCGUGGUGGAGGCGGAGAGGCUGGUGGGCGUGGUGCGGGCGCGCUCACCACGCCUCAUGUCCGCCCUCCCUGCUGCAGCCCUCACCCUGGCCGCCCCCGCCCACACCAGCGCCGCCCACGCUGCCGCCCAUACCUGGACCUUCACCGCCUUCGCCCUACUGAUCAGCAAGAGUCUGUUAGCGGUCCAGAGGAUGUGUUAGCGGUCCAGAGGAUGUGUUAGCGGUCCAGAGGAUGUGUUAGCGGUCCAGAGGUCUGUUAACAGUCCAGAGGUCUGUUAACAGUCCAGAGGUCUGUUAAUGGUCCAGAGGUUUGUUAGCGGUCCAGAGGUCUGUUAGCGGUCCAGAGGUCUGUUAGCGGUCCAGAGGUCUGUUAGUGGUCCAGAGGUCUGUUAGCGGUCCAGAGGUCUGUUAACAGUCCAGAGGUCUGUUAGCGGUCCAGAGGUCUGUUAGAGGUCCAGGGGUCUAUUAGCGGUCCAGAGGUCUGCUAGCGGUCCAGAGGUCUGUUAACAGUCCAGAGGUCUGUUAGUGGUCCAGAGGUCUAUUAGCGGUCCAGAGGUCUGCUAGCGGUCCAGAGGCCUGUUAACAAUCCAAAGGUCUGUUAGCGGUCCAGAGGUCUGUUAGCGGUCCAGAGGUCUGUUAGCGGUCCAGAGGUCUGUUAACAGUCCAGAGGACUGUUAGUGGUCCAGAGGUCUGUUAGCGGUCCAGAGGUCUGUUAACAGUCCAGAGGUCUGUUAGUGGUCCAGAGGUCUGUUAACAGUCCAGAGAGACUGUCAGGGAGUUUCUUAUGGUGCUAUGGACGUCAGUUUUUCAGUGCCUCUUUAGGGUAUUACGGCACUCUAGACAGUGCCACACUCUAGACAGUGCCACGGCAUUCUAGACAGUGCCACAUUCUAGACAGUGCCACGGCACUCUAGACAGUACCACGGCACUCUAAACAGUGCCACGGCACUCUAGACACUGCCGCGGCACUCUAGGCAGUGCCAUGGCACUCUAGGCAGUGCUAUAAUUCAGAAACCAAAAUCAAAAACUGUCCUCUAACUCAGAUAAGUGCCAAAGUAUCUUACAAUGUAGGUAAUUAUUAUUGUUAUUGUUGUUCGUGGAAGAGAAUGAUUGGCACUCAUGGCACUCGGGUGCCACGAGGGAGCUGACGUCAGGUUUGAGCUUGAGGGUCAUUAGGAGUGCCACUGGGGGUCCAAGAGGGGCCAGUGGAAGCCCCAGCUCCAUGGAGCUGAACUCUUCUCCAGGCUGAGGGACUGACCACCUCAAAUAAUAUUUCUCCGAAGUUGAUGGACUGAUUAUGCCAUCUUUAUUUCACUACUAUUGCUCCCUUGUAUCUAACUGACGAAGCCUACUGUGUAGGCUUCCUGAGACCAGGUAAAUCAGGUCUGGUUUCAGGACCUCGACAGUUCCUCUUGAAGAGAAUACAAAGGUCACAGUACCGUGACUGGAACAGCGCACUACUACAGAAGGCACCUGUACAAUGUUUCGGAAUGUUUACUGUGGAAAUGUUUCGCCAGCCAGUGGUGGCUUCUUCAGUCCAGCACAGAGAAGAACAGUGGAAGAUGUAAAUAAAUGGUGUGCAAACCCGACAAGUUUAUACAUGUGCAGCAGUUGGGUAUCUUUAUUCUUGAAACGUUUCGUCACACAGUGGCUUUUUCGGUGCAGUGCAGGAAAGGUGAAAGACGAAGAGAAGGAGUCUGAGGUACUCAGUCCCUCAGCCUGGAGACGACGUCUUCAGUUCAUCAAUACACAAAUAACCCCACACGAAAGAGAGUGAAACUUAUGAACGAUGUUUCGGUACCACUUAAACUAGUUAACGAUCCAAGUCGGACCGAAACGUCGUUCAUAAUUUCCAUUCUUCUAUGCGCGGAAUAUCUGAAUACUACAUUUCCUUUAAUUAAUAAAGGUGUGAGUGCUUCUCAGCGUCACCUGUGACACACAGGUCAUACCUUAAACUGCCUGUCUGCUGGACACACAAUUUCUCCUUUUUUUCUUCUUUGUCUCUCUCAGUUCCUACGUUUACUUGUGGCCCAGGAUGUGUGUAGGAGCCAUGAGUCAUAUCACCUACCGUCUCCCACUUGGGAGACGUCACCUAUUGCCUGUUGUGCAGCGCUAAGCGGACGUCUCAACAAGAGACUACUGGUAGCAGAGUCUAUACAGCUCAUAUUCUAACAGCCCCUAUAACCCAACAACAGGGGUCAUACAACUCAAGCUGUAGCAGCCCUUAUAACCCAAUAACAGGGGUCAUACAAUUCAAACUGUAGCAGCCCUUAUAACCCAACAAAAGGGUUCAUUCUGCCCAAGCUGUCUGCAGCCCUUCUAACCCAGCAAUAACAACCUGCUGCCUCCCUCUGCGACCAACCGCUGCUCCUGAGUUUUGUGGUUAAUUUCUCCCACUGACGGUGCCGUAGUGUCUUGAAUCUUCCAUAUUUACAAGUGGGAGGUAUGAAUGUAUGAUCUUACUAGAUUUUAUGGCGAGUGACAAUGUGCAGGUGUGUGUGCGUGCGUGUGUGUGUGGGUGGGGGCUCCGCGAAGCUUGGCCAAGGUGAUUAGUUAAGCUGGUGGUGUAGCCCAAGUCAGGCACAAUAAUGGCUCUGCUCCCUCUAGUCUAGAGUGGCACUCAGUGGCACUCUAGAUUAAACUACCUCAACCUUGAGUGUCACUCAUCCUCAGCACUUCAGUGCCAUUCAUUAACCUCAGCUGUGAGUGCCUACGGUGAUCAACUGAGAAUAGUUACCUCAGCUAUGAUUGAUGUAAGGAGGAUUGAUGUCCUGGUGUUGAUGUCCCAGUGAUUGACUUCUGGUGAUUGAUGUCACAGUGACUGACGUCCUGAUGAUCAAUGUCACAGUGACUGACGUCCUGAUGGUCAAUGUCACAGUGACUGACGUCCUGAUGGUCAAUGUCACAGUGACUGACGUCCUGAUGGUCAAUGUCACAGUGACUGACGUCCUGAUGGUCAAUGUCACAGUGACUGACGUCCUAAUGAUUGAUAUCAGUGACUGACAUAACGAGGAUUGAUGUCACACUAAAAAAAAAAAACUUAGGAUUUACCUUGUAUAAGUAUAUUAUCGUAACGGGUAUAUUAUACACCAUUGUGUAUACAUACAAUUAGUGUAUGUGAGUGUAUGAAACUGUGUUAUGUGUAUGAAUCCAUGUAUAUGUGUACAUGGGUGUGUAUAUGUGUGUGUAUGGAUGCAUUAAGUAGAUAUGAGUGUGUAUAUUAUGUGUGUGUGUAUGUGUGUGUGUGUGUGUGUUGUGUUGUGUGUGUGUGUGUGUGUAUGUGUGUGUGUGUGCAUGUAUGUGUGUGUGUAUGUGUGUGUGUAUGUGUGUGUGUGUGUGUGUGUGUGUGUGUGUGUGUGUGUGUGCAUGUAUGUGUGUGUAUGUGUGUGUGUGU